GCUCCGCCCCUAACGUCCAGCCCUUUCAACUUCUUCUUCUUGGAGUCUGCAAAACAAGGCCUUCAAAUUCCCCUCCCGACGAACCGGAAGUGCGUCAUGCAGAGGCGCCGAGGCGCUCGUUUGGCGCGCGCGCCCUAAGCUGCGGGUCUGAGUUAGGGUCUUGGGUUUUCUCUCCUUUCUCCCUGGUUCUUGACUAUUUCCGGACGCUGGUGUCUCCGAACUUCGACAUGCCGUCUUCUUUACUGGGCUCGGCGAUGCCGGCCUCCACGUCGGCCUCAGCCCUGCAGGAAGCUCUGGAAAAUGCAGGACGGCUCAUCGACCGUCAGUUGCAAGAAGACCGCAUGUACCCGGACCUUUCCGAGCUUCUCAUGGUGUCUGCCCCAAAUAAUCCCACUGUUUCCGGCAUGUCAGAUAUGGAUUAUCCUCUACAAGGACCUGGUUUGCUGUCGGUACCCAACCUUCCAGAGAUCAGUUCCAUCCGAAGGGUUCCUCUCCCACCUGAACUUGUUGAACAGUUUGGACAUAUGCAGUGUAACUGCAUGAUGGGUGUGUUCCCUCCUAUCAGCAGAGCUUGGCUCACAAUUGACAGUGACAUAUUCAUGUGGAACUAUGAAGAUGGAGGAGACCUUGCCUAUUUUGAUGGACUUAGUGAGACUAUUCUUGCUGUGGGGCUUGUGAAACCAAAAGCUGGCAUCUUUCAACCUCAUGUACGGCACCUGCUGGUUUUGGCAACCCCUGUGGAUAUAGUGAUUCUUGGACUUAGCUAUGCUAAUUUACAAACAGGUUCUGGAGUUCUUAAUGACAGUAUGUGUGGUGGAAUGCAGUUGCUUCCAGAUCCCUUAUAUUCUCUUCCCACUGAUAAUACUUACCUUUUAACAAUAACUUCCACUGAUAAUGGCAGAAUUUUCUUGGCUGGAAAGGACGGCUGUUUAUAUGAAGUAGCAUACCAAGCAGAAGCAGGUUGGUUUAGCCAAAGAUGUAGGAAAAUAAACCACUCAAAGAGUGCACUUUCUUUCCUUGUUCCUUCAUUGCUACAGUUUACAUUCUCAGAAGAUGAUCCUAUUCUUCAAAUUGCAAUUGAUAAUUCUAGAAAUAUUUUAUAUACACGAUCUGAGAAAGGAGUAAUACAGGUUUAUGAUUUGGGCCACGAUGGACAAGGAAUGAGCAGAGUUGCCUCAGUUUCGCAGAAUUCUAUUGUCUCUGCUGCUGGAAACAUUGCUAGGACCAUAGAUCGUUCUGUUUUUAAGCCAAUUGUUCAAAUAGCAGUGAUUGAAAAUUCUGAAUCGCUGGAUUGUCAGUUAUUGGCAGUCACACAUGCAGGUGUAAGGUUAUAUUUCAGCACUUGUCCAUUCAGACAGCCAUUAGCACGACCUAACACAUUGACACUGGUUCACGUUCGCUUACCUCCUGGAUUCUCAGCAUCUUCAACAGUGGAAAAACCUUCAAAAGUACAUAAAGCACUUUACAGUAAAGGUAUUCUACUGAUGGCAGCCUCAGAAAAUGAAGAUAAUGACAUUUUGUGGUGUGUUAACCAUGAUACAUUUCCUUUCCAAAAGCCAAUGAUGGAAACCCAGAUGACAACCCGUGUUGAUGGUCAUUCAUGGGCUCUCUCUGCAAUAGAUGAAUUGAAAGUAGAUAAAAUUAUUACACCCUUAAAUAAGGAUCAUAUUCCCAUAACUGACUCACCAGUUGUGGUACAGCAGCACAUGUUGCCUCCAAAGAAAUUUGUUCUCCUCUCAGCACAGGGGAGUCUUAUGUUUCAUAAACUUAGACCUGUAGAUCAACUGAGGCAUCUACUUGUGAGUAAUGUGGGUGGAGAUGGAGAAGAAAUUGAAAGGUUCUUUAAAUUACAUCAGGAAGACCAGGCUUGUGCAACUUGCCUUAUCCUUGCUUGUUCCACUGCUGCUUGUGACAGAGAAGUAUCUGCAUGGGCUACUCGGGCUUUCUUCAGGUAUGGUGGUGAAGCACAGAUGAGAUUUCCAGCCACUCUCCCUGCUCCAAGUAACGUGGGUCCCAUCUUAGGGUCUCCUGUCUACGCUAGUUCUCCUAUUCCUAGUACUAGUUCAUACCCAAAUCCAACAUUUCUGGGAACACCAUCUCAAGGUGUACACCCUCCUGCCAUGUCAACACCAGUGUGUGCUUCAGGAAAUCCAGCAACUCAGGCCGCAAGUAUGACUUGUAUGGCUGCACCAGAGAUCGUGUACUCUGGAAAACACAAUGGUAUUUGCAUCUACUUUUCUCGAAUCAUGGGAAAUAUCUGGGAUGCUAGUUUAGUUGUGGAGAGAGUAUUCAAGAGUGGCAGCAGAGAGAUCACCGCAAUUGAAAGUAGCGUUCCCUCCCAGCUGCUGGAGUCAGUGCUACAAGAACUAAAAGGUUUGCAAGAAUUUCUAGACAGAAACUCCCAAUUUGCAGGAGGACCAUUAGGAAAUCCAAAUACAACUGCCAAAGUGCAGCAGAGGCUGAUAGGAUUCAUGCGUCCUGAAAAUGGAAAUACCCAGCAAAUGCAGCAGGAGCUGCAGAGGAAGUUUCAUGAGGCUCAGCUGAGUGAAAAGGUUUCACUUCAGGCAAUCCAGCAGUUGGUUCGAAAAUCAUACCAGGCUCUGGCUUUAUGGAAACUUCUUUGUGAACAUCAGUUCACUGUCAUUGUAGGAGAACUUCAGAAGGAAUUUCAGGAGCAACUGAAAAUCACCACAUUUAAAGAUCUGGUCAUCAGGGACAAGGAACUGACUGGGGCAUUAAUUGCUUCUCUUAUCAACUGCUACAUCAGAGAUAAUGCUGCCGUUGAUGGCAUUAGUUUACACUUACAGGACAUCUGCCCCCUUCUGUAUAGCACUGAUGAUGCAGUUUGCUCUAAGGCAAAUGAACUUCUGCAGCGUUCCCGACAAGUUCAAAAUAAGAUUGAAAAGGAAAGAAUGUUAAGGGAAUCCUUAAAGGAAUAUCAAAAAAUCAGCAAUCAAGUGGACCUUUCCAAUGUUUGUGCUCAGUAUAGACAAGUCCGUUUUUAUGAGGGUGUGGUGGAGCUCUCUCUUACUGCUGCAGAAAAAAAAGAUCCUCAGGGUCUUGGACUUCAUUUCUAUAAACAUGGAGAACCAGAAGAAGACCUUGUGGGCCUGCAGGCUUUCCAAGAAAGAUUAAACAGUUACAAGUGUAUUACAGACACGCUUCAAGAACUGGUAAAUCAAAGUAAGGCUGCUCCUCAGUCUCCCAGUGUACCCAAAAAACCUGGGCCUCCAGUACUGUCAUCUGACCCCAAUAUGCUGAGUAAUGAAGAAGCAGGACAUCAUUUUGAACAAAUGCUUAAACUGUCUCAACGAUCCAAAGAUGAGCUCUUUAGUAUCGCCCUUUAUAAUUGGCUAAUACAAGCUGAUCUUGCAGAUAAGCUAUUGCAGAUUGCUUCUCCGUUUCUGGAGCCACAUCUAGUCCGAAUGGCCAAAGUUGAUCAAAACAAAGUUCGUUAUAUGGAUUUACUGUGGAGAUAUUAUGAAAAGAACAGAAGCUUUAGUAAUGCUGCUCGUGUACUGUCCAAAUUGGCUGACAUGCAUAGCACAGAAAUUUCACUUCAGCAGCGACUAGAGUACAUUGCUCGAGCCAUUCUUAGUGCCAAAAGUUCCACUGCCAUUUCAUCAAUAGCCGCAGAUGGUGAAUUCCUUCAUGAAUUAGAAGAAAAAAUGGAAGUUGCUAGGAUCCAACUUCAGAUACAAGAGACACUACAAAGGCAAUAUUCCCAUCAUUCUUCUGUACAGGAUGCAAUUUCUCAGCUGGAUUCCGAACUAAUGGACAUAACUAAGCUUUAUGGGGAAUUUGCUGACCCGUUUAAACUUGCAGAGUGUAAGCUUGCAAUAAUUCAUUGUGCUGGUUAUUCAGACCCUAUAUUGGUGCAGACACUUUGGCAAGAUAUCAUAGAGAAAGAAUUGAAUGAAAGUGUGACGUUGAGCUCCCCGGAUAGAAUGCAUGCUCUUAGUCUCAAGGUUGUGCUCCUUGGCAAAAUUUAUGCUGGCACACCUCGCUUCUUUCCUUUAGAUUUUAUUGUGCAGUUUUUAGAACAGCAAGUUUGUACUUUGAACUGGGAUGUAGGUUUUGUAAUACAGACAAUGAAUGAAAUUGGAGUGCCAUUACCUAGACUACUGGAAGUAUAUGAUCACUUGUUCAAGUCACGGGAUCCAUUCUGGAACAGAAUGAAGAAGCCACUGCACCUUUUGGAUUGCAUACAUGUGCUCUUGGCAAGAUAUGUUGAGAAUCCUAGCCAAGUUUUAAAUUGUGAGAGGAGAAGGUUUACAAAUCUGUCCCUGGAUGCUAUCUGUGGUUAUCUGGUUGAGCUUCAGUCUAUGAGCUCAUCAGUAGCAGUACAAACCAUCACAGGAAAUUUUAAAUCUCUUCAGGCUAAACUCGAACGGCUUCAUUAAUAUUAUAAUGUAUUUUCAUCUAUGCAUUUUGAUCUGUAAAAUAAAAGCUCAGCUGGGUCCAGA